AUGGGCACGAGCGAUGUGAGGUCUACACAACAACUCAGUUGCAGAGAAGCGUCACAGAAGCCGGUGGUGGAGGGUCCGGACGUCCGGUCUGUAAAAAGUGGAACAGGAGCAAUUUAUUAUUUACUCUUCACCAUUUACAUAUAUUUUUCAGCGACCCAUUCCCUUCAGUAUUUCUACACGGCGUCAUUAGGAAUCCCAGGCCUGCCAGAGUACAUCAGUGUGGGGGAAGUGGAUGGAGAGAUGAUCAGCUAUUAUGACAGCAAUGUAAGAAAACAGGUUCCUAAACAGUACUGGAUGGCAAAGAAUUUUACUGAAGAGUAUUGGACUAGUGAAACUGACCUGGAUAUAUUCCAUGAGAGGGUCUUCAAAGUGAACAUAAAUAUCUUAAAACAACGCUUUAAUCAGACUGAAGGGGUGUCUGUGUUUCAGAAGGUGUAUGGCUGCCAGUGGGAUGAUCAGACUAAUGCCACGGACAGUUUUGAAGCAUUUGGCUACAAUGGAGAAGACUUCAUGUCACUAGAGUUAAAGACUAUGACAUGGACAUCACCACUACCACAGGCAGCCAAUACUGUACACAAGUGGAACCAUAUGGAGAGCAAAAUGCCACAAAGGAAGGAAUAUUUUCAAAAGGACUGUUUUGAUUGGUUGAAGAAGUAUGUCAACUUUGGAAGCAACCAUCUGGAUAUGAAAGGGUGCCUUGCGACAGGCUUCUAUCCAAAGCCUGUGAACAUCACCUGGUAUAGAGACGGCAAAGUGGUACACGAGGGUGUGUAUAUAGGAGAGACGCUGCCCAAUGGGGAUGGAACCUUCCAGAAGAGAGUAGUGCUCAGGGUCUCACCUGAGGAGAGGAGGGAACAUCAGUACAGCUGUGAGGUGACUCACAAGAGUGGAGAACCAAUCAUUCUGUUUCAUAAGGAAGGGACGCGAACCUGCCACAUCGUCUAUUUCAUCGCUAUCCCAAAGAAAAGCAAUUCAGUGGUGACGUCACCACUGACCCGGCCUAAAGCCUGCAGCCAGACCCCUCUCGGAAAUUCCACCCUCUUUGUCAGGAACUAA